CCAAAACACAGUACUUUCUACAGUCGUAUAUUUAUUCAGAGAGUAAAACCCCUUUAUAUACAGUUAACAGAGACAGUGAUCCAUGUAGUAAGAGGGGCUGAAUUUCAAGUGGGGGUGGGGGGGAAAGAACUCAAAAAGGGGAACCAUGGUUGCCGGCAAGGUUAAAUCAGCAAUCGGUCUGCAGCACAAAUCACCAGCCAACAACACUAAACAAAAGCCUGACACCACCUCAAAACCCCCUUCGUCAACCACGCCAAGUUCGGCGAAGCAGCAGCAAACACAGAAGGGAUCCGGCGCCGCCUUCUCACGCUCCUUCGGCGUUUACUUCCCACGCUCCUCCGCUCAGGUUCAGCCCCGCCCUCCUGACAUCUCCGAGCUCCUCCGCCUUGUUGACGAACUCCGUGACAGCGAGUCGCGGCUGAAGACCGAGUUGUUGGAGCAGAAACUGCUCAAGGAGUCCGUCGCCAUUGUUCCUAUUUUGGAGAACGUGAUCUCCAACAAGGAUUCAGAAAUUGAACGCUCCAGAAUGAAGAUCGGGUGUUUGGAAACCGAGAACGAGAGGCUCAGAAACGAGAACGAGUAUCUGCAUAUGGAACUGUCGAAACAGAACCACAAGUAUGAAGAGAAAAUCAAACACAUGCAGGCGGAGUUAUCCGAUAUCAAAAGAGCUGUUGCAGAGAGUGAACAGGAGCACGAAGACGCGGCGUCUUCGUCUUCGUCUUCAUCGUCCACGACUGCCAAACUCGUUGAUGCAGCAAAUAAUUGCAAAUCUAGUGUCGCAGCCAAGUGUUUGAGAAAAUGCCUGACCCAAAAUUUUAGUAUUACGGAAACCGGAAUGAGUGUAAACAAAGACGAAUUCGUUGGUGUAGUCGAGAGCACCGAAAGGCCUAGGCAUUCAUGGUGUAACUUUGAAGAAAUUCAAGAAACUUCUGAUAGUUUAAUGGGUGUGAAAUCCCGUGCGCCGCGUGUUCCUAAGCCGCCGCCGCGGCCAUCGGCGUCGCUUCUGUCAUCGCUUUCGGCAUCUUCAAAGUACUUGUCAUCCUCUGUUUCAUCCCCUUCUUACGGCUCUUUUUCCGAUUCAGCGUACCGCGCUUUGGCGGAGAUUUCCAAUAUUCCUCCGCCCCCGCCACCGCCUCCACCCCCGCGAGUUAAACCCGCUGCUCCCCCUCCUCCUCCUCCGCCCCCUCCGCGUAAGUCUAAAACAACUACCCCUCCUCCUCCGCCACCGCCGCCUCCUCCACCUCUCAAGGGGCUGAAGCCAAUGUCGGCGAAGGUUACAAGAGUCCCGGAGGUGGUUGAGUUUUACCACUCUCUAAUGCGGAGGGAUUCAAAUGGCCGGAAGGAAUCCGGCGGUGGCGGCGCCGCCGAUCUGCCGGGAACCGGUACGACGGCGAAGGAUAUGAUAGGUGAAAUCGAGAAUCGGUCUGCACAUUUACUAGCUAUUAAAACAGAUGUAGAGACUCAAGGAGAUCUCAUUAGAUUCUUGAUUAGAGAAGUCGAGGAAGCUGCAUUCACAGAUAUUGAGGAUGUUGUGCCGUUCGUCAAAUGGCUCGAUGAUGAACUCUCUUACCUGGUUGAUGAGAGGGCGGUUUUGAAGCAUUUUAAUUGGCCAGAAAAGAAGGCAGAUGCGUUGAGAGAAGCUGCGUUCGGGUAUUGUGAUUUAAAAAAGCUGGAAACUGAAGUCUCGUCGUUUCGUGAUGAUCCUAGGCAACCUUGUGGUCAUGCUCUCAAGAAAAUGCAGUCUCUAUUUGAGAAGUUGGAGCCUGGUAUGUAUAAUUUGUCGAGAAUGAAAGAAUCAGCUACAGAGAAAUACAAAGGCUUUCGCAUUCCAGUUAAUUGGAUGUUAGAUACAGGCUACGCAAGUCAGAUUAAAUUGGCGUCCGUGAAAUUGGCGAUGAAGUACAUGAAGAGAGUGUUGACAGAGCUUAAAAUGGUGGGUGGUGGUGGUUCGGAAGAAGAAGAUCUUAUAGUUCAAGGUGUCAAGUUUGCUUUCCGAGUGCAUCAGUUUGCGGGUGGAUUCGAUAUCGAAACAAUGAGAGCUUUUCAAGAGUUGAGAGAGAAAGCUCGGUCGUGCAAUGUGCAAUGCCAAAACCAAAAUCAACAGAGGUUUAUUUGCAAGACUUAAAAACUGCAGCAAACCUCAGCCUUCUGAAAACGCCUAGCUCUUUUCGUCGUUUGAAAAGUAAAACAAGAUAAUAGAUAACGAAAUGUGAAUAGUGAUUUUUGAGUUAAUUUAUUUGUUGUACAAGUUUAAAGAACUUGAAUAUUAUAACAAUGGUGAUUUGAAUUUUGAAGCUCAAGUAUUUAUUUGGGCAAUUUUCUUUCGAAGGAUGAAAUCAAUCGGAAA